AUGGGUCGCUGGGAAGCUUUAUAUAUCCCUCGUUUUCUCCUUCAUCUUCCUUCUUCGUUCCCAUCAAUCACCCAGGAGAACAUCCGAUCUGCUCCUCCUUUUGGAUUCUCACGGUAUCUAGGGUUUGCGAGGAGCCCCCUCGAAGGAGAUAUUCUAAUUUUCGUUUUGGUUUCAAGAGGUGUUGGUGGAUCCUCUAACUGCUUAAUAAUGACCUCUAAUACCACCGGAGAGCGAAGAUGGGGUACUACAAGAAGAAGUGGCAUGACUAUAUUGGGAAAGGUUGCUGUUCCAAAACCGAUUAACUUACCAAGCCAAAGGUUAGAGAAUCAAGGCCUUGACCCGAAUGUGGAAAUUGUUCCAAAGGGAACCCUUAGCUGGGGCAGUAAAUCACCGUGGGGGCCAUCAUCGUUAUCACCACGAACUGAAAGUGGCCCUGGUUCACCAAGCCACCUCAGUAAUCGCCCUUCUUCUGGUGGAAGUGUCACUCGACCUUCUACCGCUGAUAGUGACAAAGCGUAUGAUUCUUCUUCAAUUGCGUCGAACUCCCGGCCUUCAUCAGCAUCUGGGGUGUUUCCAUCUAAUCAUGCAUCAGUUGCACUACAGCGUCCACAUAGUGCAGACACAAGACCUGGAAGUUCCCAGCUAUCCCGAUUUGCUGAAGCCGCAUCAGAGACUUCUGCAACAUGGGCUCAACAUGGAGUUGCUCCAACAAAAAUUGAUGGGUUUUCUUUGACUUCUGGAGAUUUUCCUUCCCUUGGUGCUGAAAAAGAAAGUUCUGAAAAGAGCACAAGGCCAGAAGAUGAUGGACCUCGCACUCGUCCUGCAUCGUCGUCUGGAAGAUCUAUGGAAGAGCGAAGUGUGGAUUACAUAGAAGAAUCUAAUGUACGGAUUAGAGAUGCCAACGCCUGGGGAAGAGAUAAUCAACCAUACAGUGAAGACGCACCUAGACCAUGUAGAGAGGAAGGGCAAUUGGACUCUCGUGGUUCACAUUCUUAUCCUAAUGCUAAUUUUCCGCAUCAAUAUGAUGCUUGGCGUGGUCCUCCUGGUCCUCCUGUAAAUAAUCAUCAAGGUGGUGGCUGGUACAGAGGGAACCACCCAUAUGGUCCCCCAACGGGUCCUGGGGGUUUUCACAUGGAUCCUUUUCCAUUUUAUCCUGCGCAAGCUACACCCGUUCCCGGACAAGGGGCUGGUCCUAGAGGCAAUCACGCUACUAAUGGAAAGAUGUUCAGACCUCCAAUGCUUGACUCUUUUGUCCACCCAAGGAUGCAGACUAGACCUGGGUUUUAUCUUGGUCCAGUGCCAUAUGAAGGCUACUAUGGUCCUCCUAUGGGGUACAACAAUGCCAGCAACAGAGACAUGCCUUUUGCAGGUGGGCCUGCCGGUCCUCAUGCUUAUAACAAGCACUCUGGUCAAGGUGGAUAUGAUACGCCUGGAAGCUCAGUGGCUUUGGAACAGAAUGAGGCAUCACAUUCUCAAGAAACACAACGGCCAUACAAGGUUCUCUUAAAGCCCCAAGAUGGCAGGUUUAGGGAAGAUGAAGCAAAGCGGGAAGAAUUUAUAGGAAAUAGGCUCCGGAAUGCAGAGAAGGCAGCUCAACAGAUGCAAACUUCAAAAAACGACAGAAGAGAAAACAGCAAUGAGGGAAGUGGUGAGGUACAACCAAUUAAGGCAGAAAAUGCUCCCCCUGGAGAUCACAGUUUGAUUCAGAAAAUAGAGGGCUUAAAUGCAAGAACUAGAACUAGUGAUGGUUGGCAAAAUACUUCAUCUGUCGUCAAUAGAGAUCAGCAGGAAAGCAAAACACGUACAGUCAAUUCUGGGAACUCUGUAAAUAAAGUUUCAGCAAGAAUGCCUCAAACUGGUCAUGCAAGUGAUAGUAAGAACUCAUUACGCUAUAAACAUGGUGAUCCUGCCACAAACAAAAAUGCUGAGCUGGCAGCUCUUAGUGGAACUGGCAUAUCCAGGAGAUCUACUCAACCGACGCAAGGCAGAGCAGAUCAUCAGACCAAACAAAGAGUGAACAGUGAAGGCAAUGCUGGUUGGCGGAAGACAACUGUUAUGUCAGGCUCCUCCCAUGCAACUUUAGCUGCAAACUCAGAAAGCUUUGCUGAGGUUAAUGUAGGUGACUCUUUGGAUACUGAAUCCAUCGGGAAGCCUGGGUCUGGAAUAUCUGCAGACCCAAACGAUAACCAGCGUACUACGAUGAAAGAGUUAGCCAGGCAGCGGGCUCAACAGAGGCAGAAAGAGGAGGAAGAAAGAGCAAGAGAACAGCGGGCUAAGGCUCUUGCAAAACUAGAGGAGUUGGAUAGACGUUCCCAAGUAGCUGAGCAGGGUUCAGUUAAGAACUUGGAAGCUGCAUCUAAUGCUUCCAUCCCUGACAUGCCAGAAGAUCCUCAGUUUCCUUCACCUUCACUUAUGGCAUCAAGCUCAGAUGAUCUUCAUGUCCGGUCAUCUCUUGAGAAGAAGACCACUGUUGCUGCCUUAAAGUCCGUAGAACCUACUAGAGAAUCAGGGAAAACCUCUAUGCAAGACGCGAUCACUUCAACAGAAUAUGCAAAUAAUGUGGGCCAUGCUCAACAGGAUAAUCUUCCACGUGAUCGUGAUGGCGCUGCCUCAAAACAGCGAUUGGGUUAUAAGCAGAAGCAAAAUGUUGAGAAAAAAAUGGCAGGAUCUACUGCUACUACAGAGGUUUUCGAUGUUGCUCCAUCUCUUGAGCUUGUUAAUGAAGGUGUUCUAAGUCAUAACUCAGACAUGCCAGCUACGUCAGGCGUUUCAACUGAGUCAACUUUCGCCAAAAGAAAAAAUAACAGGAAUGGUAAGAAAAAGCACAAGGUUGAGGAGACAACAACAAUGAACACGACAAGAGUUCCCGUUGGAAAAGAAACAAGAUCAGUAGAUGAGUCAAUUGAGACUUGUAAGGCAAGAGCAGCAGAAACAAAGUUGGGGCCUGUUUCAGUUCCAAGCUUGGAUAUCAAAGUUUCUGGUAAUUCGUCUGAACAAAUCAGUUCCUUCACUAAUGAAGAGUCGCAAAGCAGAGAAAAAAACAACUGGAAACCUCAACAUCUGCGUAGGACUCAAAGAAACUCGGUGGUAAAUAAGCCUGCAGAGAAAUUUCCUGGCGGCAAUGCUGUUGUUUGGGCUCCGGUACAUCCACAGCAUAAAGGUGAUAUAUCCACAGGUGUAGGGAGUGAGAAUACUAUUCCUGAGUUUGGCACCUCUUCCAAGAGUCUGCACCAAGGGCAGCCUAGUUCUAAAAGCAAAAGAAUGGAGAUUGAAAGAUAUGUAGCAAAGCCCAUAGUAAAGGAAAUGACUGAGCAAAUUGUCAGUAAAAAUCCAAUAACUGCUGCUCCAGGAAAAACAGAGAAUAUUUUGCAGAAAGAAAAUUCUGGAGGUGAAGCUACAGGAAGUCUCCAACCUUCUGGUUCAACUGCGGGGAAAUCUGGGUCUCCUUCGAAGUCAAGACAUGGGAAUGGUAGGCAGGGCAAGCAUGGAGCAUGGCACCCGCGAGGCUCUGCAGCAUCUACUAAACCGUUGGAGGAUGGACAAUUUGUAACCUCAAAUCAGCCCAUCCGAGGAGGAACAGUGAACUAUCACACGAGUAAUCAAACCGAACAAAUUGCUGCAGGCUCUGCCAAGAAUCAAACCACAUGUAAGGAUGAUGGAUGGCAGGAUGGCUGGUAUAUGACUCCUGAACCGCAUUACUCUGCCGCUGAAGAAAUGAAAGCGAGUGCUCCUCAAGCUGUUGCUGUUGGAAAAGAUCAGGGAAUGAGCAUCCAGGGUAAGCAGCAUGCUGCCAGAAGCAACAAGGAUGGAGGAAGUAACUAUGGUGACCCUAAAAAAGCAUAUAAGAAGGAUUUCAGCAAGGCUCAUAUGCAGCACCCUGGCCAUGGGCCAGGUCAACCAGAUCUGCCUGUUGCUUCAAAAGAGAGUCGUGGCCCUGGGGAUCAUGUGUCGCACACAGCCGAUGCCUCUAAUAUUAAUAGGACUGGUAAGUAUGGUGGUCGUGAAUACACGAGGGACAAAAAUUAUGGAUCUCAGAGAAGGGAUGGUGGUGGAUACGAACAUCAAGGGUUUCCUUCAGAACAGAAAGUGACAGCUGAUGCACCAGCUCAGUCUCAAAACCGAUCCACCAGUAAGGAGGUCCAUGUGGAGCAAAAUCCGAAUAGUAUGUUCCAAAAGAACACAGGCCAGGGUCGAAGGUUUGGAAGAGGGCAGGAAUCUCAAGGAGGUUGGGGUGGUUCGUCGAUGCAAGAGAAUAUGCACCACCACCAUCAGAGGGCACCUUCCAACAGAGAUAGACAGAAGCCAAAUCUGCAUUACGAAUACAAGCCUGUUGGGUCACAUGCUCAUGACGGAGAACAGAAUCGAGAACAAGUGAAAGAUAGUUCUCAGACAGAAGGUCCCAGAUACAGGGAGAAGGGACAGGGUCAGCAGAGGCAGGGUGGACAAAAGGUGUACCAACAGCAAAGGGGUAGUGUUGGAAGAAACAGCGGUCACGGAUUAACAGCUGAUCUGAACCUGUGUGCGAUGGAUUCUACUACUGCACUCGUCGUCAAGGUGAGCUACGGAGAUGUCCUUAGGCGCUUCAGGGUGCCUUUCAAAGCUAAUGGACAGCUUGAUCUUACCAUGGCUGGUCUUAGGGACAAGAUCGAUUCUCUGUUUAGCCUCCCUGCUGAUGCUGAAGUUUCUCUGACUUACUCUGAUGAAGAUGGAGACGUGGUGGCCCUGGUUGAUGACAAUGACCUGUUUGAUGUAACAAACCAGCGUCUUAAGUUCUUAAAGAUCAAUGUGCAGUCGAACGCUGGUGUGCCCACAAAGCCUGUUGCUCCAGAGAACGUUGAGAGUUCAACAACUGCGGGUAAUCGUUUCAACGAAGACCCGGUUUCCAAAAUCCAAAAGGGUAUAAACGAUGUCCUGAAGGCUGUACCAAGCCCGGUGCGUGAUAUCUCGAAGGUGUAUUUGGACCUUGCAACGAAAGCUGCAUGUUCUAGUCCUGUUGUUGGUGAGAUGCUUGAUUGCAUCAACAAGCUAGGGCAGCUUUCUAUUCCUCAGGAAAGUGAGGGACCUAGGCCUGGUUCCUCAGGCCCUUCCGCUGGUGAUAAGAAGGAUAUCUCCGAGAAGAACCAGACCGGUAGAAAGUCUGUUGAUGUGAACAAACCCACUGGUUCGAAGACUGCUGGACUGGGUGCUAGUUUCAACGAGUGUCCCUUCAGUGGCAGUACCGUGAAUGACUCCAGUCCGAUUAACCUCAACAAGCACCCUCGUCGUGGUUGUAAUGCCAAAAAGAGCAGCGGUGGUGAUUACUGGGCCUCGUUGGGCGUGUUCCAUAAGGGUAUCCGUUGUGAUGGAUGUGGAGUUCUUCCAAUCACUGGGCCUAGAUUCAAGUCUAAAGUCAAGGAAGACUAUGAUCUUUGCAACACCUGCUUUUCGGUGAUGGGUUCUGAGGCGGAGUACACCAGGAUGGAUAAGCCCAUAUCAGUUCAUCAUAUACAACAUCCCUUUAGAGGACACUUUUCCCAAUUUCCAAAUCCUUGGUUUAGCCACCCUGUGCCGAGGCCACCCCAUGGAGGUUCACCUUUCAGGUGUACUCGUCCUAAACUAGACAGUCGUUUUGUCCUUGAUGUGAAUGUACUUGAUGGAGCAGUUGUUGCUCCAUCUGCUCCAUUCACUAAGAUUUGGAAAAUGAGGAACAGUGGUUCGUUGGUGUGGCCGCAAGGCACACAGAUAGUUUGGAUCGGUGGGGACAGAUUCAGCAGCUCAUUUUCAGCUGAUUUACAGAUUCCAGCGGAGGGUGUGCCUAUCAACAGUGAGCUUGACGUCAAAGUUAAUUUCAUUGCACCCGAGUCACCUGGUCGAUACAUUUCUUACUGGAGGAUGGCUUCGUCUAAUGGUGCCAAGUUUGGGCAACGUGUUUGGGUGUUGAUCCAUGUUGAUGCUUCAUUGAAGAAUUCUGUUGUGAAUGAGCUUCAGGGACUGAACUUGAAUGCCUCCCCUGAUGAGAAUUUUGCAAGGGAAUUUGCCGGGAUCAAUGUGAAUCAUGAGCCAGCUCUACCUGGUAGCUCCAGUGUUAAUCCUGUGACAGUGGAAGAUGCUCUAGAAGGAGAAGUUGUUGAAUCACAAAAACCAGAGAAAGAUGACCUGCUGGUUGGUGAAGUUAACCUCAACUCUCUUCCUUCAUCGCCAUCCUCGUCAUUUAACAUGGUCGAGUUCCCAACAAUGCCUACCGCCGAUGCCUUGUCUGUUGGUUCUUCAUCGACGAAAGACAUCCCUGUUCCUCUUCAAGAGGAUAUCGAGAAGAAUGACGUCGAGAUAACCAUGCUCAAGGAGCUCGAGGAAAUGGGUUUCAAGGAGAUUGAUUUGAACAAGGAGAUAUUGAGGGACAACGAGUACAACCUGGAGCAGUCGCUUGAUGCCCUUUGUGGAGUUAGCGAGUGGGAUCCUAUCCUAGAGGAGCUUCAGGAAAUGGGCUUCUGUGAUGAUGUGACGAACAAGAGACUCCUGAAGAAGAACAAUGGAAGCAUUAAAGGCGUGGUGAUGGAUCUCCUCACUGGAGAGAAGGAGGCUUAA